AUGUCGCGACACGAGAUCAUCUCCCCGGCGGAGAUCGCGCGCAAAGUGGCGGAUGGCGAGCCAGUCCUCAUCUACGAUGGCUACGUCUUGGAUCUGGGAGAAUGGAUCAACAUGCAUCCUGGCGGCAAGCUUGCCAUACUUCACAUGGUGGGCAGAGAUGCGACCGACGAGAUCAAUAUCUACCACACCAAUAAGGCCAUCCUGAUGAUGACCAAGCAUCGCAUCGGCCGCGUAGAGUUACCCUGGACCAACCUCGAACCUCCGAUUCGAUCGCCAGACUAUUACAUUAAUCUGGAGAAGAGGAAGGCCAGGAAGGAUGCCGCUGGACUUGGUCAUGCAGAUGGUGACAAGUCAAGACGCACAAGGAGUGUUGACUUGGGAUCCCCAUUGGUGCUUGCUGUCAGUCCGAGUAUAUCUAACGAACAUAAGGCUGCUGUCCUUGUAGGCAAGAAGAUUAUUGGAAACGACACUUGCGUGAGCAGAUCUACUUCCAAGCCAGCAAACAUUCCCGAGCAGGCACCGCUUGCCCCGACCGAGCGGUCUGCCUACGAUAUUGCAAGAGAGAAGAAGGCACACAGAGAUCAGUAUGCGAUUGAGCAAGAGCAGAGGGAGAGAGAAGAGGGCUGGAGAGACAACCCGUCCGUCGAUCCCGAAACACAAAAGGCAAUCGUGAUGGAGUAUCGGGCGCUACAUGAGCAGUUCAAGAGAGAAGGGCUGUACAACUGCCCAUACUCAGCUUAUGCCUGGGAGUCCCUACGCUACCUUGCGCUCUUCGCCGCCUUUGGGUACUUUCUGCACAUCAAGUGGUACAUCACAUCAGCCGUAUUCCUUGGGUUGUUCUGGCAACAAAUCAUGUUUACAGCACACGAUGCCGGCCACCGUGGCAUAACAGGAAACUUCGUCUACGACACGCUCAUCGGCGCUUUCAUUGCCGACUUCUGCUGUGGCCUCAGCAUUGGCUGGUGGAAGUCCUCGCACAACGUGCACCACCUCGUCACCAACUUCCCUGAACAUGACCCGGAUAUUCAGAACAUCCCCAUGUUCUCCACGACGCCCACAUACAUGAAGUCGGUUCUCUCAUCGUUCUACAACUUCCGCUUCGUUUGGGACGGCGCUUGCGACUUGCUCGUACCAUACCAGAAAUGGUGGUACUACCCCAUCAUGGCACUUGCUCGCUUCAACCUCUACUUCCUCGGCUGGUUACAUCUUGUUUCGCCACGCGCACAGCAGCUCGGCGCAGCAUCAUGGACUCGCCCCGUCGAGAUCGCCUUCAUGUGCUGCUACUGGUACCUCUUCGGCUACCUGCUCGUCUGGUGCACUCUCCCCACUUGGUCCGACCGCGUCGCCUUCGUCCUCACAUCGCACGUCGUCACCAUCAUUCUCCACGUCCAAAUUACGCUUUCUCACUGGGGCAUGCCGACCGCCAACCUCGGCCCUACAGAGUCCUUCCCCCAGCAUCAGCUCCGCACAACCAUGGAUGUCGACUGCCCCAAGUGGAUGGAUUGGUUCCACGGAGGUCUCCAGUUCCAGGCUGUACACCACUUGUUCCCCAGGGUGCCCAGGCAUAACUUGCGCAAAGGACAGGAGCUGGUUCGCGAGUUUGCUCAGAAGACGAAUGUCAAAUACACCUGCUUAAGCUUUGUCGAUUGCAACAAGGCGGUCAUCAAGAGGCUCGAGCAGGUUAGUGAGAUUGUCAAGAACCUAGACACAAGUCUGUUGCACGGUUAG